GUUUGAACUUCUUCUACCAAGUCCCAUCUAAAACCCCACCUUCGAGGGUUUUAAGCCCUCUCUCUCUCUCUCUCUCUCUCUCUCUCGGCCACACUUCCUUCCUUCCAUGGCCGCUCUCACCUGGCUCUUCCUCUCAAAACCCUCAUCCCAAACCCUCCUCCGCCAAUCCCUCAACCCUAGCUUUUCCCCUACUGACACUCCCACCGUUUUCCACUUCCUCAGAAGCCUCCACUCCCUCGUUUCCCCACAAUUCGAUGUCCGUCGCCGAACGAUUUCCCCUCCUUCCCAGCAUUCCAGAGGCCUUUCCUCUGCUGCCGACUACGAGCCCGAAGAUUCCGGUGGUGCAUCCGUUGCCCCCGCAUUAAACCUCGACGAUCGCGUCCCCGCCACGGUGAUCACGGGCUUUCUCGGCUCCGGAAAGACUACUCUGUUGAAUCAUAUCCUGACAGCUCAACACGGAAAACAGAUUGCUGUCAUUGAAAAUGAGUUUGGUGAAGUGGAUAUUGAUGGUGCAUUAGUUGCUAGUCAUUCCUCAUCCAAUGAGGAAAUCGUUAUGGUUAACAAUGGUUGUCUCUGUUGUACGGUUCGUGGGGAUCUAGUUAAAAUGCUUUUGGAGUUGGUUAAGAAGAAGCGAGACAAAUUUGAUCAUAUUGUAAUAGAAACAACAGGCCUUGCAAAGCCAGGUCCUGUUAUUGAAACAUUCUGUACGGAUGAGCUGGUUUCACGUCACGUUAAACUCGAUGGGGUUGUUACUUUGGUUGACUCUAAGCAUGCCAUGCAACAUUUGAAUGAGGUGAAACCAAGAUUUGUGGUGAAUGAGGCGGUGGAACAAAUUGCUUACGCAGAUCGUAUUAUUGUAAACAAGACUGAUCUGGUGACCGAGGCUGAGUUGGAGUGUUUGGUGAAGAGAAUUAAGCAUAUUAAUGUUAUAGCUCAAAUAAAGCUUGCUAAAUAUGGUGUUGUCGACAUGGACUUUGUUUUGGGGGUCGGAGGCUAUGAUCUUGAAAGAAUUGAUUCAGAAGUUAAGCCAGACAGUUCUCAUUGUGCUAGUCAUAAUCAUGAGAGUGGGCAUGACCACCACAAGGGACAUCAUCACGACCAUAAACAUGAUUCUUCCGUCUCCAGUGUCAGUAUUGUUUCGGAGGGUACCCUUGAUCUUGACGAGGUUGACGAUUGGCUUGAAAGAAUAAUUGAAGAAAAGGGGGACGACUUGUACAGGAUGAAAGGGGUUUUGUCUGUUAAUGAUUCUGAUACGCGUUACGUUCUUCAGGGAGUGCAUUCCAUGUUGGAUGGUUGUCCAGGAAAGGCAUGGGGACCCGAUGAGAAAAGGAUUAAUAAGCUGGUCUUCAUAGGUAGGAACUUGGAUGAAACUGCACUAAGAAAAGGUUUCAACGGUUGUAUAGUGUGAUAUAAGAAAUCAUCAAAGUGUAUAUCAUCCGAGUAAAUGUCGAAAAAAGAGCAGAAAUGCAGCCCCAAGGCCAUGGCUUUCUGUGCAUCUAUUUAGACGUGGGGAAAUUUAACACAGGUUGCGAAACUCAGUCAUAUACACCCAUCAGACUGUACUCUCUCUCUCUCUCUCUCUCUCUCUCUCUCUCUCUCUCUCUCUCUCUCUCUCUCUCUGUGUGUGUGGAAAUGCUGGGAUUUGGCCAGAAGUCAAAAUAUAUCAAUUGAAGUUGCCAUAUUCUUAUGUGACC